ACGAUACAUAGAGAAGAGAAGGGAAAAGAGGGAAAAGGGCAGAUAGUGCAUUUAGUUCAACUAACAGAGAGAGAGAAAUUGCCACGGAGAGAGUUACAUGAAAUAUUUGGAUUUAGUCUACUUAGCAGCAGCUCGGAGGGACACUGAGAGGCUUGUGCGAGGUGUCUAAACUGAGGACAGGCAGAGAAGAACCGAAGAGAAGGUGAAGACAAGGUGGUCAUCUCGGUUCCUUUGUAGUUAAACUCUAAAUAUCACCUGGAUAUCACAAAACUAGACGAAAGACUUCUUACUCUAAACACAAACCCUUUUGACGGAACCCCAGUCAACAUCAAACCAAAGUGUUCAGUGACUCCCUUAUGCAACAUAUUGUAAUUUAAACACUUUGUCCAAUGCUUAUCUGCAGGGAAAAUCCAGCUUUGGAUGCAUUUCAAUUUCCAACCUGGAAAUAACCAGCUUUUCACUAGGUUUUUUAACAGCAAUACUCCCCGAUGAUCACAAGAGAAUAUGUCACUCUGUUUCUGGUGGGCUCCUGUUUUCUGUUGGACUACAGCUCCCAAAUCCCCCUGCAAGCUAAGCUCCAGAGCAGAACUAAGGCUGGAGUGAUGUCAGCCAGGGGAGGGACUGGAGGUAAGACCGUGAAGGUGCCUUUGGGGGAAGUGACAUCAUUGGAGGGCAGGACAAGGCUAAGAAGACAUGGGAGGCUGAGGGUCCAGCGUAUUAAAAGAGGAUGGGUGUGGAACCAGUUCUUUGUCCUGGAGGAGUACAUGGGAUCUGAACCACAGUAUGUUGGAAAGCUCCACACAGACAUGGACCAAGGAGACAAUGCAGUCAAGUACACUCUGUCAGGAGAAGGAGCUGGGUCCAUCUUCACCAUUGAUCAAAUUACAGGAGAUAUACAUGCCCUGGUGGGGCUUGACAGGGAGGAAAAGUCCUACUACACACUGAAGGCCCAGGCUGUUGACAUCCACACAGGCCUCCCCCUCGAGCCAGAGUCUGAGUUCAUCAUCAAGGUACAGGACAUCAACGACAAUAAGCCACAAUUUCCUGAUGGUCCCUACAGCGCCAGUGUCCCUGAAAUGUCUCCAACAGGAACCUAUGUGACACAGGUGACAGCCACAGAUGCAGAUGACCCCACAUAUGGCAACAGCGCAUGUAUAGUCUACAGCAUUAUUAACGGUCAGCCAUACUUCUCUGUGGAUCCCAAGACAGGAGUGAUGAGGACAGCUCUAGCCAACAUGGACCGUGAGGUGAAAGGGGAGUACCAGGUUCUUCUCCAGGCCAAAGACAUGGGAGGUCAGCUGGGGGGGCUGGCCUCCACCACGACCAUCAACAUCACACUCAGCGACGUCAACGACAACCCACCGCGCUUCGCUAAGAGUAUUUUCCAUCUGCAGGUGCCAGAGUCGGUGUCAGUGGGUUCAGCAGUGGGUCAUAUUCAAGCCCACGAUCUGGAUGCUGGCAGCAAUGCAGAGGUGGAUUAUGCCAUUGUUCCAGGAGAUGAGGGCAACAUGUUUGACGUAAUCACCAAUGGCCUAAGUCAUGAGGGAGUUGUAGUCUUGAAAAAGACUCUUGACUAUGAGACCAAGAAGUCAUACACCUUCAAGGUUGAGGCAUCCAACACACAGCUGGACCCCCGUUUCCUUCACCUGGGGCCCUUCAAGGACUCAGCGACAGUCAAGGUGAAUGUCCUGGACAUGGAUGAACCUCCUGUCUUCACCAAGCCCUCCUACACUAUGGAUGUGUACGAGGACACUCCUCCAGGAACCGUCAUCGGCUCUGUGACGGCUCACGACCUGGAUGCCAGCAGCAGUGCUGUCAGGUAUUCGUUGGAAUGGCACACACAGUCUGACAGCUGUUUUGACAUUGACACUGUUGAAGGAACCAUUUCCACUAAUGAAUACCUGGACAGAGAGACAGCUGUGCAGCACAAUAUCACUGUGGUGGCAACCAAAGUCAACAACCCUCUGCUGUCUAUCAAAGUGUCAGUGACAGUCAACGUCCUGGAUGUGAACGAGUUCCCUCCUGAGCUGGCAAUUCCUUCAGAUACCUUUGUCUGUGAAAACUCCAGAGUUGGACAGGUGAUACAGAUGGUCAGCGCUGUGGACAAGGACCUUCCUCCUGUCGGCCAGAGGUUCUUCUUCAAGUCCACCAAAGAGCUUCGCAACAGAAACUUCACUGUUCGAGAUUUUGGAAGCUCCGAUCUGGUUUUCCGGCCUCCAGAAGGGUUCCGCCUUCGCCGCCGGCCUACAGAAGGGUUCCGCCUUCGCCGCCGGCCUCCAGUGACUUCCUGCCUUUGCCGCCGGCCUACAGAAGGGUUCCGCCUUCGCUGCCGGCCUCCAGUGACUUCCCGCCUUUGCCGCCGGCCUCCAGAAGGGUUCCGUCUUCACCGCCAGCCUCCAAUGACCUUCUGCCUGCGCCGCUGGCAUUCCACCAGGCCUACAGACAGUUUUCUGAAGUGUUCCCGAGCCCAUGUAGUGAUAUCCUUUAUACAAUCAUACAACACGGCUGGCAUUGUCACUCGACGCUCAGGCUUUCAGCGGAAGCUGCAGGACGUGUAUGUUCUUCCUGUUUUGGUUGAAGACAGUGGUUACCCUGCCCAGAGCAGCACAGCCACCCUCACCAUCCGAGUGUGUUCCUGCGAGGUGCAAGGCUUGCUGCUUACCUGCUCAGCUGAGGCCAUCUUCCUGUCCGUGGGCCUUAGCACUGGAGCUCUGAUGGUUAUUCUGCUGUGUGUAGCUCUGCUGAUUGUUAUGGCAGCAUUAUACAUGGGCCAGAGGCGCCACAAAGAGAAAGAGACUCUGAUGACAUCAAAAGAGGACAUCCGUGAUAAUGUCAUUCACUAUAACGAUGAGGGCGGCGGCGAGGCGGACACCCAUGCCUUCGACAUGUGCACUCUGCGCAACACACACUCACAGCACACCAGCACUCACAUCAGCGCCUCCAAGAAGGAGAAAAAUAGCUAUGGAAACGGGGUUCUACUGCAUCUGAGCGGUCGCUGCAAUGACAUUAGGUCACCUGACAUCCAUCGUCAAACAGCCAGUGUCAUUGCUAUCGUGAACAACACGACCCCGCUCUUAUCCCGUGGGAGACUGACUGAGGGCGAUGCUGAAAUGAUCAGGGAGUUUAUCGAACAGCAGCUGGAGGAGAGUCAGCAGGGUUACACCGGCCCACCCUAUGAUUCACUGGCAACCUACGCCUACGAGGGCCAUGACUCAGUGACUGGCUCGCUCAGCUCCAUAGAGGAGUCAUGUGCAAUUGACAAUUCAGGGGAUUUUAGCUCCCUCGGAGACUGGGGGCAGCCGUUCAAAACACUGGCUAGCAUCCUGGACAGAUAGCCACCUACUCUGACUAAAGAGAGCUGAGAAGAAGUUGGACAGCAGAGAGACUUUGGGGGUCCAUGCUGGAAUUAGCUUUCUUUUCUAGACAUGUUAUUUUUUACUGUGACAGGCACUGGUUAGACUGAUGUGAGGACUUUUUAGAAAGCUGUCCAUGUGAAGUAGAGUUGUGGAUUGAUUAGCUAGAGAGUGGAUAAUCUAGCUACAGGUGCAUGAAAAGAUAAACUUGAUAAAUCCUCAAAAGUGCCUGAGGUACUAUAUGUUUACAUGUAUUUCAAUUCAUGCUACUUAAUAAAAAAAUAUUCCACUGAUGUUUUUAUUUCAAUAUCAGAUUCUUAAGUCUCAUCAGAACAUUUCCAUUGACAGUCAACUGUGACAGUGAACAGUGAUUCAACCAGAAAAUCAAAUGCAGUUUUCUUAGUCAUGCUAGGAGGGGUACUAUGAAUCGCUAUGUUGGUUGAUUACUUGAUCAGUCCACUUUGGUCCAGAUUACAAUAUCUCUAUUGGAUUGACUGCCAUGAAAUUGUGUUUUUACGCUAUAUUUGCCCAGCAGUUGCAUUGAAUGCAGAGAAAAAAAUAUUUGGAAAUGGCAAACACCAGACAAAGCUAGACAAAACAGAAUAACAGAUUCAGAAUACAAAUAAAAACAGAUGGGCUACUAACAGAGUUCAAAAUAUUUGGGCUUGACUUCAUAUGAUUUAUCAGUCUGGGAAAUUACUUCAGUUUGGGGGAGGACACAAAUUGAGAAUUCUUGCUCAGCCAUAGGUCACAUGUUGACAAUGAUGAGUGGGCUGUGUGCUAAUUGUUCCUGAUUGUGCACAUUGGUCAUGAUGCUGGGACAAUUAUAGGCUUACAAUAAAUCUCCGAAUCAGACUUUUCAUAAUACCCAUUUUCUUGUAGGAGUUAUCAUCAUUAUCACUGUUCACAUACCAUGCAGUGAUAAAAGUGACAUAAUGAACCUCCCUCCACCAGCUUUUACAAAGUCUAAGGGUGUACUCAUGUCUACAUAUGUCUUUCCUUCUGUCACUUUCUGCAGAUAUUUCUGCCUCCGGAACUGCUACUACAAUUACUAUUAUUUUAUUAAUAUUACCACCAAAUUAUUAUUUUAAAUCUCUCUCUCUCUCGACGGUGUGUAACAAAAAAAAAAUGAUGUAAACACAUGACAAGUUACUUUAAAAAAACAUUUCUCUAAGGUUUUUACAAUCUGAUUUCAGAUUUUGUCCUAAAAGCAACAAAUGUAUUAAACUAUUUACAUUGAUUUUGUUAUUGAAAAUCAAGCAUGAUCAAGACUUUUUUAAUCUCUUUUAUAAAAAUAAUCCCUGUAUCAUAUAUAUUUUAAAAUGUGAGUAAACAGAUCUAUGAGGGAAAUGCACGUGAACAAAAUGACAUAUCUAGUGAAGGCAUAAUUUGAACUGUGCCUCAAAGUGUACUUUGUAGGUUCUUCCUGUCCACAUGUUCAAUGAACAGUUAGCAUUAUGCAAAAAGAUAUAGCAUGAGAAAAAAGUCUUCUCAUGAACUCAUAUUUAAGUAGUUCAUUAAGUAGUAAGGUUUAGUGAAUGACAUAACAAUAACAAAUUAUACCAAAAUAUGCAUCUUUUGAAAUUAAUUUCUGAAAAUGUACGAUACAUAGUGACACCAUCUGCAACUGUCACUGCAGGAGACAUGUUUUAGCUGCAGGAGACAUGUUUUAGCUGCAGAUGAAUUUAAUAAUAAAUUUUUAAUAAUUUAUUCUUUGAAAAUUAAUCUCAUGUUCUUUUACAUUGUAAAUUGUAUGUCAUUUUCUCAGAUGUUUUUUUUUUAUCUCUUUCUAGCCAUGUUGAUCAUUUUAAUGAUCUUGAUAAUACAACAAAUUGUGCAUAAUUUGACUUGGUAAGUUUUGUGUUAGAGUAACUAACAUACUCUAUCCAGUUCUUAAAAGAAGGCAAUGUUUUAUGAGCGUUUGGUGUUACUACAGUGUGUGUAUUAAUACAUUUUUAAGAAUAAUAAAUGUGUGUCUCAGCACCCA